AAAUGAAAAAUGAUGAUAUCCCCUCGUCUAUUAAAAAAUAUCCUACCUAGAGGGCGGAGUGUGGCGUGUCUUUUCGGUCUUUCCUUUCUUCCGGAACGAUUUUCGCGGCGAGUAAAACGCUGCCUUCAUCGUCCAUCAAGUACAAUAACAAUAUGCCACGUGAAAUCAAGGAAAUCAAGGAUUUUCUCCUGAAGGCAAGGAGGAAGGAUGCUAAAUCCGUCAAGAUAAAGAAGAAUGACGAAAAUGUCAAGUUCAAGGUCCGUUGCUCCAGAUUCUUGUACACCCUUGUCAUCACCGAUAAGGAGAAGGCUGAAAAGCUAAAACAAUCUCUGCCACCCGGUCUCCAGGUUAAGGAAGUCAAGAAGUCGAGCGAGCGUCCUUGAAUUAUAACUGAAUAAAGAUUGAAAGAUGAGGGUUGAAAAAAA